UGCACUGGGCACAUACCGGGGAUGCUGGAGACACCAGAGACACACGGACACUGAGGACACGCCGGGCAAUGGGUACCACGCACACACUGGGCACACACCAGGCACACACCAGGCACACAGCAGGCGCACACUGGGGACACCGGGGAUAUACAAGGCAUUGGGCACAAUCCAGGCGCACUGGGACACACAUCAGGGACACACGGGGCAUACACCGGGCACACACCAGGCACACACUAGGCACCAGACACGCUGGGCACACCAAGCACACGCCAGGCACCGGUCACACACCGAACACACACCAGGGACACCAAGGACACAGUGGACACUGGGCAAGCAACAGGCAUAUGAGGCACACACCAAAGACACAGUGGGCACACAGCGGGCACGGCCAGGUCGACGGGGCAGGUGCCACCCAGGCGCCCGGCGGUUGCCAGGAACCGGAGUAUCCCCCGCGCUUCCCACUUGGCUCCGGCCCCGCAGUGCCCGCGGUACCGGCACCGCCCGGGCCCUUUAAGAGCGGCAGCGGCGGCAGCGCUCCGUGCCCGUGCCCGCGCCCGCUCCCGGCGAUGCCCGCGGCGGCCCUGCACCUGCCGGACGUUGCCUCCUGUGCCUGACCAGCACUGUGCCUGCCCUGUGAUGCCACUCCACCCAGCCAUCCUGUGACACAGCAGCUCGAGGGGUUCCCUCUCUGGGGACUUGCCCUUUGGCCACCGCCUUGUUUGCUCUGGCUCUGGCAGAGUCUGUGGAGGCUGCACCCUUACAGGCAGAGGCAGAGGCAGAGGCAGGUCCGGCCACAGGCCCCUGUGCUGGGGCACACGAGAGAUGGCCUUCCAGAGGAGCCACAGACUGAACCUGCUGCGCCUCGUCGUGCUGCUCCUUGUAGCCUUGGCUGGCAUCAAGUUCCUCUUCCGUGACAGCCUUACCCUGGAGCUGCACAAACACGUCAGCAAGGACAGCAGCUUCUGGGGGGACACGAGGGACACCAGCCAGGACACCGGCCCCCAGAGCCAGGCUCUAGAGCUCUCUGCAGCAAAGAUCACAUCCCUGAGACGAGAGCCCAGCCAGCAGAUCACCAGGGACUUCAGUGCCACUGAGAUGAGGCUAGUCCACCUGGACCUCAAGGGAGCUGCACCCAGAGUCUCCUACUUGGAGCAGGUCUUCCCCCUCCUGUCCCAGCUGGGAGCCAAUGGCAUCCUCAUCGAGUACGAGGACAUGUUCCCCUUCAAGGGAGACCUGGAGAUCCUCAAGUCCCCCUUUGCUUACAGCGAGGAGGACAUCGAGCGGAUCCAACAGCUGGCCGAGCUCCACAAGCUGGAGGUGGUUCCCCUGGUGCAGACCUUUGGGCACGUGGAGUUCAUCCUCAAGCACCAGAAGUACCAGCACCUGCGGGAGGUUGAGCGCUUCCCCAACAGCUUCAACCCCCACAUCCCCGACACCCUGGCCCUGCUCAAGAGCAUCUUGUCCCAGGUGAUUGAGAAGCACAGGCGCUCCACCUGGAUCCACAUCGGAGCAGAUGAGGUCUUCCAUCUCGGGGAGGGGAUGGACUCCAAGAACUGGAUGAGCCGCAACAAGGGUGACACUGGGACCAUGUACCUGAAUCACAUCAAGGAGGUGCUGGGCUUCAUCUCCACGCAGUACUGGGGGCUGCGGGCACUCAUGUGGGACGACAUGCUGAGGAAGAUCAGCGUGGGAGCUCUGCGGGAGUCUGGGAUAGCAAAGGUGGUCUCGCCUGUGGUGUGGUUCUACGCGCCGGACUUUGAUGCCGAGCAGAUUGGGCUGUUCCUCACCAAGUAUGCAGAGAGUGGCUUCGAGGCGGUGUGGUUUGCCAGCGCCUUCAAGGGCACCACGGGACCGGCGCAGACCUGGCCCCCCCUGAGCUACCACCUGAAAAACCACCUGAGCUGGCUGAAGGUGAUGGAGGCCCUGCCACAGCUGGCCCCACUGCGCUUCCAGGGCAUCAUCCUCACUGGCUGGCAGAGGUAUGAUCACUACUCAGUGCUCUGUGAGCUGCUGCCCGUUGGCAUCCCCUCUCUGGCCAUCUGCCUGCAGACUCUGGUGAAUGGGGGCUUCACUGAAGAGACAAAGAGGAAGGUCCUGGACUCACUAGGCUUCCAGAGCAUGCAUCUGGAGCAAAGCACAUGUGAGGGCAGGGGAGUGUUCCCUGGUGCAGAGAUCUACCACAUGGUCCAGCAGGUUAAUGACCAUCUAAAGGAGAGCAUCCUUAAAGCCCUGGAGGAGGAGAGUGCCAUCAAGGGCUGGUUCAGCCCCUACCAUCGGAAGCGCCAGUUUGGAAACCCCCGCAACAUGGAGAGCUUCGGCAGCAAGGUGCUGAAGCUCCACGAGGACUGGGAAGGCUUUGUCCACGACCUGCGUGUGCAGCUGGAGAAGGUCUACUUCCCUGACACGGUGGAGGAGUGGAUGGAGGAGAACGUCAGCCCCUACCUGGACCAGCUGCGGGACCUGGUGCAGGACUACCGGGCUAUCAUCCGCCUCAACGGCCGGCCCAAGGUGGCACAGGGGCCGCGGUCCCCCCAGCUCCCACUGUCCCUCUAAGGUGGCCUUCGAGUGCCACCAUCAUGUGUCUGCGUGUGUGACCGCGGUGUUGCUGCUUUGUGCUGGGCAGGGCUCCUGCACUCCCCACCUCCUCAAUAAAGUAUUUUCGUAGA